AUGAAUACGCGAAAAGAAAACAGUGAAAAUGUGGAAGAAAACAAAGUAAAGUCGGUAAUAAAAAAGAUUAAAAAAUCGGAAUAUAUGAAGGGUUUAAUGAAAUUAAAAAAUCAGGAAUAUAUUUUAGAGAGAGGACUCGUUAAUUUAAUAGAUAAUAUGAAACUCGAUGUUGAUGUUAUUAAAAGUUUGUCGAGAGAAGAGAGGGAAUUGUCUGCAAAAAGACAAAAUAUUUGUUCAACUUUACGUAAAACUAUUUCUGACAUUAGUAACGACGUGAAGACAGUUAAACUAAUCAUAACCGAUCCCGUACAAAUUCAGCAAUUAGAUGUAAACAAAUUUAAAUCGAAACUGAUUGGAAUAUCAAAAAAAUUAGACGAUUUUAAGAAUACUUGUCCUCUUCAAGAAUUAUCCGAAAAAGGAAAUGAAUUGGACUCUGAUUUAAAAGAAUUUUCAUCGCGUUUACAUAAAUAUAAUUCAGUGAAUAGAACAAUCAAAUCAUCAACUAUAGAUUUGUCUUCUCUUAACAAAGAUAAGAAAACAAAUCACGAAGAUUACGAUGAUUACGAAGAGAUCGAAGAUUUUCAUACGUUGAUCGCUAAAACAGGUUACACUCAACAUUGGAGCAACGAGGAUCAUUCGUUAUUUUUAAAAAUGCGAAAACAGUGUAAAAACGUACCAACGUUAGUUAAUGCGAUUAGAACAAAGUGUCCAGAUUUGACGAUAGAAACGAUAAUAAAUCAUGAAACUUGGUAUAAAUUAUAUCUCGAUCUACGAGAGAAGCAAAGAUCAAGAAUAAAAGAAUGGCGAAAGCGAAAGGAAUUAAACAAAGUUACAAAAUUACAAAACGAAGAAAUUAUCGAACAAAACAAUCUACCAACUGAAAAAGUUCCCUCGAAUGUUGUAAACAAAAAUAUAUUUAACGACAAAGAAAAAAGUUCCGACGCAGUUAUCGAUCAAAAUCUGAAUAAAAAGGAAUUAAUCAAAAAAUGGAAAUUAGAAAAAGAACAGAAACGAAUGAUGGACGAAGAACAGUCGAAAUUGCGAUUAGAAUCUAAACGAGCAUUGGAUGAAAAACGUACACGAAUUAGGAUAGAAAAUAUGCGAGAAAGUUUACGAGAUUAUAGGAAUAAAAAAUCG